CUCUGUGCUGCCCCGUGGUGGUGGUUGAUCUCGUGAACAACGCAGAGUACAAACGUUGCAGCUUAUGGACAGCUUCCGUCUAGGGCAUCCUCCAAACAAACUUUGGAAUUAUGUGGACGUUCGUUGAAACGUGCAAGUAGUAUCGAUUCGUAGGAAUUUCGAGAGAAGCAAAAUCUAGAACGAUGUUCUAAUAAUACGGAAUGCCGUACAGAAACAUUGCUACCACGAAUCUACGACUGUACGUCGCGAUGUAAGAGGGAAAAAUUUCCACUGGUUGUCCUCCGACUGUUUUACAUUGGGCGGUGAAAUAUUUUGCCUGUCGGUCUAUAUAAUACGAUUUAAACAGCAUAAAUAUAUGUACAACGAAUAAUCGAACAUGUUACGAAGAAAAUGCUGUUCGGGUUUUUGAAUCGAUCGUUAGGGAUAAAGUAAGUUGAAAAUGAAACAUUCGUGUAUUUGACUGAUCAGCUGUUUUCGUCGAUUCACAAUGACAGAUGGAGAAAAUCCGAAGAGAUAACGAUGCGUGGCCAAGUGUUGUGAGGUAUUGAUAAAGAAGAGGUUUAAGAGAAUCGAUCAAAAUGGCCAUGAGAAAUUUAACAGAGCCGUAUAUUUUUAUGCGGAAUAACGCUUUGCGAAGUAAACAUUCGUACGCCGAACAGAACCUGUCCGAUCGAACGACAUUAGUUGAUCCGGAUUUUGACAAUUCGAACAACGUGGAACUGAGAAAUGUCAAUUUGGAGAAUAACACAUCGCCCAUUUGGAUAGACGCCUUGGAGGAAACGCAAUACAUUUUAAGUAGAUUACGCGACAAAGUAGACAGUCUAAGAGAUUUAUAUAAGAAACAAUUGACUAGACCAACGUUGGAUGAUACUUCGCAGGAAGAAAGGCAAAUGGAACAACUGACGCGAGAAAUUGGACGCGCAUUUUCGAAUGGUUACCGACAAGUGCAAAGUAUAAAAACCGCGGCUAGGCAUGCGACUAAAGCCGUAGAGCGUCAAUUAGCGACGAGUGCGGUGUUGGCUCUCUCGGCUGCUUUGCAAGAGCUUGCUCUUCGAUAUGGAUCUGCUCAAAAUCAUUAUUUGACGCAGAUGAAGUCAAGGGAGGAGAGGAGCAAUCAAUAUUUUACCGAAGACCAAUCGAUAUUUUUAAAUAAUGCCACGAGCGAUACAUGGUUACUCGACUCUGGUCAAACAAACGUGGAAUCGUGGUACGAGAACGAACACCAUCAAGAGACUGUACUCGUACAGCUGGACGAUCCGGGGGAUAGAAUGAAGUUUGCUCUGGAAAGGGAAGAACAAAUUGGCAGCAUAGUACAGAGCAUAGCGGAUCUCAGACACGUAUUUAAAGAUUUAGCGAACAUGGUGCAGGAUCAGGGCACUAUCUUGGAUAGAAUCGAUUAUAAUAUAGAACAGACACAAGUGCAAAUACAGGAAAGUUAUAAACAAUUGAAAAAAGCGGACUCUUAUCAAAGGGCCAAUAAAAAAUUGUACUGUAUAGUUGUUCUUGCCGGAGCUAUUAUUCUGGUUAGUCUUCUUUUCGUUGUUUUUAAAACGUAAGGCGUAACCUUUGAAUGGUCGAGUCGUUAUUGGUUGGUGUUUCUCGAAGGAGAAUGUGGUUUUACUCUAUAUUUUGCACGGAUCGCAGUAUUUGACCGGAACGACGGUAAAUACAGGAAAUACAAGGCGAGCAUAAAAAUAAUAGUUGGAAAAUAGUCGAAAGAAAGUUUUCAUUGGCGUGUCACCGUGCGCGUCCGAUUCGUGACGCGCGUAUUCGUGUUACACUUCUCACUUUCUACCAGUUGAAAUGUUCAUUUAGUUUCAAAAUACAAUAAUUUAUAUGGUAAUAAAAUAUAUCGUAAGUACGGCGAUAGGAGCCAUUUUCAUGAAUGAAUUCCUAAAUAAAAGAGAAAAGAUUCGCGAUCAAGCUAAACGCUUUUGUGUAAAUGUUAUCCUCCUUCUUUAAUAAGAGAAAAGUAUUUAAGUAAAGGCACGUACGAACAUUACAAUUCUACGCAUUGUUAACGUAAAUAUCGUAUCGCAUUCAAUUGACUCGAAAAUGUGUUAAUAAAUGGAAAGAUCGAUAAACGCAAUAUUCUGGUUUACGUGAUCUGCGAUAUUUUAAGGUAUGAGUAACGUUACGAGAUAGCUUUACCUCUAAAAGUACCUUCUUCUUAUCAUUGAUCGUGUUCGACCGCGUCUACUCAAUGGACGCGUUAUUCGACUAUCUAAGGGCUUUGUACAUAGAUUG